AUGCCUUUCACUUGUAGGGUUGUGUUUGGCAACAACAAGGAUGAAAUCAUCUUCAAUGAUACAACCAACUACGGUCGUCUCAAACCCAUCAUCAAAGCGUCCAAAGAGCUCGGUAUUUGGGAUACUCCAAUCCAUUUGUACAAAGACCCAACCUUGACAUCACUCCUAGAACCAGAUACCGCUGUUGAUACCGAACUCUCUCGUAUCUAUGUUUCGGCCCAACCAUCACAAGAACAUAUCAAUCUCAAGAGAGGGAGAGAAUCAAAUGAUAUUCAACUUGGGCUUAAAAAAGCUAAUUUUGGGUCAAGUGUCAUUAACCUUCCAUUUGAUCCAUUUGCAAGAUCAUCUGAUAGAUCACGUUUUGAAUACAAUGACGAUUUGGUUCAGUUGGUCAAUCGCACGACUACAAAAGAGUUGGAGGAAUUCAUUGUAGAUAAAGUUGGAAAAGCUCGAGGUAUCUGUGUUCAAGGUCCUCAAGGAGUUGGAAAGUCGCACUCCUUGUUUCAUAUAGUGAUGAAACUUCGACUGGAGAAAGACAAUCGAGUCGUUUACAUUCCCGAUUGCCGAGAAUGGGCAAGAUCUGGUAAUGGAUACAAGUUCUUUCUCGACUCAAUCAUCUUUGCAUUCUCCAUCUCAAACGAUGAUUUCAUCGACCAAUACCUCAAGAGAUUCAAGAUAUUAAAUACCGAGGAGUCAUUUACUGAAUUCUUGAAUAGUGUGGCCAUGUACUGCAACAACAAAAAUCUUCACAUUUAUACAUUCUUUGACCAACACAACGGAUUGUCCGAUCAGGACCGAACUACUUUCCCAUACUCAAUGCCAGAGCGAUACCUGGUAGUCGGCGAGCACUGGUACAGACAUCUCACCGUUAUCUCUGGCUCAUCGAACAACAAGAAGGUCAAAGACAGAGGGUGGCCAAUCUUUUUGUUUGUCGUUGGAUUCAACCACACUGAGUUCAAAACUUGGAGGGAAAUCGAAUCCAACAAAGAAUUCUCUGGCAAGUUGACAAUAGACCAUCUCGAAGAAAUCAAAUACUUGACAAAUUAUAUACCAGGUGAGGUAAAGGAGAUUUGGAAGAUUUCCAAGGAGAACAAACAUCUUGAUGUUUCUAAAGUGUUGUCUAGGUAUAAAAAUCAAAGUACUAGAAUGAUUAUAGAUCAAGACAACUACUUUCUCUUGGAGUUUGUCAAGUUCAAGGUUCAAGAAACUGAUUACAUGCGUGCGAUCUUUUUGAUGGACAUUGGCGAUCCUGCUACGGCACAACACUCAGUCACCAUCAAUCAACAGUUAAUGUACAUAAGGAAAUCAGAUUAUCAAAUUGUUCCUAUCAUUCCAUUAGUUCAAACUGUGUUAAGAAAUCGAUACCUUGGUAACGAAUCGUAUCAGAUUGUCUCUACGAAACUGUAUCGCCAAAUCUUUAACAAGACAGUCAAAUCCUCAAAAGAAGUUAGAGGAAGUACAGUGGAAAAGUACAUCAUUCAAGUUUUGGAGACUUUGGUCAACAAAGACAUCAAGUGGGAGAUUGAUGAAAUGCAGUGCAAAAAGAAUCCAAAUACCAAAAGCAUUAAUUAUGGAUUAAUCGAAACAAAAUAUAUCAAUAGGAAAACAAUGAUUUUUAGAUACAAUUCAACACAAUACAUCACCAACCAUCAAUUCGAAGGAGUGGAUUGGUCCAAUAACUCAUUGUUGGUACCAAUCAUGCCAAACUUUAAAAAAGCAGUCGAUUGGUUCUUUUGGGAUGCCACUAGCCAAACUCUCACAUGUUGCCAGUCAACAGUCGCAGAUAGUCACCCAAACAAUUGGAAGCUUGUCAAUUUCCCAUGA